AUGCCUGUUACCGCCAUCAACUCAUUCGCGCAAUUUCGUGAGAUCAUUGACAGCAAAGAACCCUCGGUAAUCGACUUCUGGGCGACAUGGUGCGCGCCUUGUCAUAUGGCAGCACCUGCUUUCGCAGGAUACUCCGAAGAGACCGCGUUUGCGCAGGUCAAAUUCUACAAGGUUGAUGUUGACGAUCAACCAGAGAUUGCGUCGCAGCUUGGCAUCCGUUCGUUACCGACUUUUAUCUCCUUUAAAGGCGGGGAAAAAAUAGAGGAACAGGCCAACGCUCGUCCAGAUGUGAUCAAAAAGGUUAUUCAGAGUGUUGUUCCUAAAGAAUAA